GCGCCUGUGGUGGCCAUCUGGGCGGGGGCGGGGCCGCCCCCCCCCGCACCACGCUGACCCUGCCCCGCUGUGCCUGCAGCCAUCGAGCAGAGCAUCGAGCAGGAGGAGGGGCUCAACCGCUCCUCGGCCGACCUGCGCAUCCGCAAGACCCAGCACUCGACCUUGUCCCGCAAGUUCGUGGAGGUGAUGACGGAGUACAACGCCACCCAGUCCAAGUACCGCGACCGCUGCAAGGACCGGAUCCAGCGCCAGCUGGAGAUCACUGGCCGCACGACCACCAAUGAGGAGCUGGAGGACAUGCUGGAGAGUGGGAAGCUGGCCAUCUUCACCGACGACAUCAAGAUGGACUCCCAGAUGACAAAGCAGGCGCUGAACGAGAUCGAGACCCGGCACAACGAGAUCAUCAAGCUGGAGACCAGCAUCCGGGAGCUGCACGACAUGUUCGUGGACAUGGCCAUGCUGGUAGAGAGCCAGGGGGAGAUGAUCGACCGCAUCGAGUACAACGUGGAGCACUCGGUGGACUACGUGGAGAGGGCUGUGUCGGACACCAAGAAAGCCGUCAAAUAUCAGAGCAAGGCUCGGAGGGUGAGUGGGGGGCUCCCAGCCCGGGCUCCCCCCAUGGGGGAACCCCAAACUCCUGACCCGCAGCCCCCUGUAUCCCCAAAGGCUCUGUCUGGUGCCCCUCGCUCCCAGCCCGCAGCCCCUCCACAGCGGUGCCCCUCACUCCUGAACUGCAGCUCUCCCCACACCCUCUCCCCACGUGCCUGGGGAUGGUAACUGGGGCCCCGCCUCGGUUUCCUGGCAAUGGGACCAGCCAGCUGCAGCGAGUCACCGCGAGGGUGGGAAGAUGCGUGUGGGGUGGCAAGGAGGUCAUAGGGCGUCUGCAGAUGGAGCUCGGGUCUCCGGGGGCAGUGGGGGCUGGAGGGUGAGAGCGGGGGACUGGGAGCCCGGACUCCUGGGUUCCUGUCCAGUGCCCACGCUUAGAGCAUUCGUGCCCCGGGGGUUUGUGGGGGCCUCAGGAUCCUCCCAUGAGUACCUGGGGCCACGGUGGGUUCUAGACCCCCCGUCCCGUGUUCGGGACCGCAGGGGGGUGGGGCUCCUGCAGAUGAUGUCUUCUAAACCCUGCCCUCCUCUACUCGAGCCAAUGAGGAGAGGGGCUGGAUGGGCGAGGUCUAAUGGAUCUAGAACUUGUAGAGCUGGGAGUGUUGGGAGACCUAGAACUGAACGCCCAUAGAGGAUCGUCCGUCUCUCAGCAUCGCCUGCAGGGCAUAGUCGGGUACCCGCUCUGACUACUGGAGUAUUAGUACCUGUGGACACCCCCACCCCACCCCACACGCCACUCUCGGGUGUUAGCCCCAGGUACUGGAGCGUAAGUCUCCAUGUCUCACCCUCUCCAUGGGGCAUACUCAUAUACCGGCCAUGAGUACUGGAGUAUUACUACCUGUCCCCAGCUCUCUCUGUGUGGGCAUACUCAGGUACCGGGCCAUGGUUUGGGGAGUACUGGGACCUGUCCCCUCUGUGGGGCAUACUCAGGUGUCGGCCCUGAGCAUCGGAGCAUUAGUGCUUGCAACCUGCCCGUCUCUGUGGGGCAUACCCAGGUAUCAGCCCAUGGUAUUGGGGUGCUAAUACCUACAUCCUGCCCCCUCCAUGAGGGAUGCUCAGGUGCUGGCCCUGAGUAUUGGGACGUCCAUACCUGUAACUUGUUCCCUCCGUGGGGCAUACGUGGGUAUUGGCCCUCGAGUAUUGGUAUCUGUGACCUUCCCCCUCCACGGGGCAGACUUGGUACCUGUAAUCCCCCUCCGAAGGUGGGGCAUACUCAGGGAUUGGCCCCGAGUCCAGGAGCAUUCGUCCCUGGGUCCUCCCCCUGGUUCCCCCUCCCAUUAACGCCUCUCUCUCCUUCUUUCUUUCCUCCCAUUGCUCUCCCGGACCCCUCUCUCCUCUCCUCCUCGCUGGGGUAACGUAGAAGAAAAUCAUGAUCAUAAUCUGUUGCGUGGUGCUGGGCGUGGUCUUGGCGUCGACGAUCGGGGGCACCCUGGGCUUGUGAACCCCCGGUGGUGACACACACGUGCAGACACGCACGCACACGCACAACACACACACACGACACACAAUCCGCCCCCCCCGCGCCUCCCCUCCCGAUGAUGAUGAUACCACGGCUCACGAUAACGAUAUUCCUCCUCCUCCUCCUCCUAUUACUGCUGAUGUAACGAGACAGUAACGAGCCCUAACGAGGGAGCGGCGCCGCCCUCGGCAAAUCUAAGGGGUUUUGUUCACUGCCAUCUCGCCAUCCAUCACUCCAUUUCUCCCCACUUCCUUUUCCCCCAAAUGCCUGGUUCCCCCC